AUGAAAACACUGAAAAUGUUUAUUGCUUUUAUCCAAGCAGCUGGUGACUUGCAUGAUCCAGAUAAAAAUAUCAGUUCUAUCGAGAAGGCAUGGCUAAGAGCAGUUGCUGGUACAUCACUGCUGAAACUUUGUUACAUCCAAAAGUAUUCUCACAUGAUGGGUGCGGAUAUGUUUGUAACCCUAUCUAAUUUGAUGAAGGAUGAAGCAGAUUGUGUCCGCGGCUACUUCGUCCGACGCCUCAAUAAAGGUAUUUCAAGGAAUAGAUUAACCAUAGAAUACCUUUCCUUCUUCUCGAUAGUCGCCGUUCUAGAACCUACAAAUGUGGAAGAGGAAAAUGCUAUCAAAUUGUAUGUUUUUCAUCAGAUUUCCUAA